AUGUUUUCAACUAUAGUCGACGUCAUUGAGAUGAUUGCUACUGAUACUACAAGUACCGGAACAAGAGGUCGUCCACGGCGUGAGACAGUGACAAAUUUGCAUCAUUUUCGUGUGGAAAUGUUUUAUGCCGUCAUUGAUAUUAAUUCAUUUGCUGCUUUUGACAAGAUCAAAUUGAUUCGACUAUGUCAGUAUUAUCCGGUAGAUUUUGAUGCAGCAGAUAUCCUAGAACUUGAUGAUCAACUAGAUAUAUAUAUUCUUGAUAUGCGCACUUCUGAAAACUUUGAAGAAUUACAAGGAGCGAGCUUGGACAGAAAUUGGUUGUGA